UAAGAACUUGCUUGCUGCUGCUUGGUUUUUAAACCACUUGAGGGACAUUUUUGAUUGGGAUCCUGGUUGAGAGACUUUCUGCUAGAGAUGAGAGCCGGUUUGAAGCAUGAUGUUGUCUACAGUUUCUUCAACCCAGAGAUUGAUGAGUUGAGAGAUAUGAUUGCAUUGAUUACACCUGACCAUGUGGGGAUGUUCAGGGAGUCAUACGGUAGUAUCCUGAAGAUGGUUUUCAGACUCACUGACAGUGACAGAAGCGCCAUUCAUACUCUUCUCCAGUUCUAUGACCCGGGGCUGAGAUGCUUUGUAUUUCCGGACUAUUUGUUGGGACCUCUGAUGGAGGAUUAUGCUAGCAUCCUGGGUGUUCAGAUCCGCGAUCAGAUUCCUUUCUGUGCUAUUAGGAGAGAGCCUGACGUCCUUGGGAUUUCCCGUGCUCUUUAUUUGAGUCCGGAAAUAGUCAAGGAGGGUUUGAAGGAGAAAGGAAAAUUACCGGGUUUUCACUUGAGUUUCUUGGAAGCUAAGGCCAAGGAACACGCUGCUGUGGGUGAUUGGAAGACGGUUUGUGCUUUGAUUGCUGCGAGCAUUUAUGGGGUUAUCCUGUUUCCUAAUCAGAAGAGCUUUGUGGACCAUAAUGCCAUCAGAUUGUUCAUGCAGAGAAACCCUAUUCCUACUCUGAUCGGAGAUGUUUAUUACUCGGUUCAUAACAGGAAUGAGAAGCGGCGUGGUGGUUUGAUCCGGUGCUGUGCUCAGUUACUCUUCAGGUGGUUUAUGGGGUAUUUGCCUUCCCGAGGUGCUUUUGCUCAUCUUGAUCCUUCUGUCAAGUGGUCCUUCAGGUUGAUGGGUUUGCAGGCUGACGAUAUAGCGUGGACUCAUAAUGGUUUGGCUGGACGGGAUUUUAUAUAUAGCUGUGGGGCUUUUCCCAAUGUGCCUCUUAUAGGAGUUCAGGGUUGCAUUAAUUACAACCCGACGCUUCUUAGGAGACAGAUGGGGUUCGCUAUGGAGGUUCCUCCCCUUGAGUGUGAGACUCAGGAGUCCUUUUAUUUUCCUGUGGAGGGCAAUCAGGCCAAGCUGAUGCAAGUGUCUGGGGCAUGGCGCAACAUUCAGAGGAAGGGUAAGGUUCCGUUUGGCAAAGUCAACUGCCGGUAUUUUCCACUAUUCGAAGAUUGGUUGCGGAAGAGGAUUGAGGUUACACAUCUACCAUUUCCUGGAGGUGAUCCUGUGUGUCUUCGGAUUGAGGGUCCAAGUUCUUCUGUCAGUAUGGAAGAAUUCCUCGAGACGAAGAGGGCCAGAGAGCGGUUACUUGCAGAGAAAGCUGAAUUGGAGAGGAGUGUUGCUCGGUUUCAGACAGCUAACCAGGAGAUCAAAGUGAAGAUGGAAGAUCAAGACAAGCGGCAUGCUCUGGAAGCAAAGCGCUUUGAGAUGGAUACAGCCUAUUAUGGGAAGAUUAGUCAGGCCUUGGCAUCUUCAGCAAAGGAGCACGACAUCACUAAGGAGAGAUUGGCUAGAGCUUCAAAAGUCAUUGAAGAUGAGAAGAGAAGGAAAAUCUUGGUGAAAGAUCAGAGGGAUGACCGAGUCCGAGUCCUCAUUGCUGAAUGGGAGGCAAAGCUGCAGGUCAAGGAAUCAGAGAAGCUGAAGAUCAUCGCGGAGAGGGAUCACUACAGGGUUGAGAGAGAUCACUACUUCAGGCAGAUGAAGAUUCAUCAGAAAGAAGUUAGGAGAUUGCAGCAGGAGAACACCGAGCUCAGGUUCGCCGUAGAGUUCGCGAAGAUGGAAGACGAGAUAGGGCCAUCUGUGGGACCCUCAUCCGGCUAGAUCUUUCAUUUGUGUGGAUUACCGUCAGGCUUGUUGACGGAAUCUACUUGCUUGUAUUUCUUUCAUGAC